UGGAGUAAUAUUGUUCUGUGGGUCUCAACAUCGAUUCUUGAAACUUGAUGUAUGAAAUACAGGAAAAAGAAUAAUUUGAAAAUGAAGUACAUGUUUUUGUUUUUCAACAAAGAGUGUUUGGGUCAUUAACCAAGUUUUUAAAUGAUUAAAGUUGGUGUACUUGCAAGGAAAUAGGUAUUUAAGAUCUAAUACUUUGGUAAAUAUGGCGAUGGAGCACAUACGACAAUUUGACUGGUGUUCUUCUGAACCGGAUGUAGAUUUUGUCACUGAAGCGGACAUGGAUAACAGCGUCAUAGAGAGAAUAUUGCGUAACAAGUUCCGCAACCCCGCAAUAUCCAGUGAUUCGGAAGAUGAUGGCCCCAAUGUUAUCAACUGGGAUGACAUAUUUAGUAAAAGGCAAAACAUCCAGUUUCAAAAAUCCCAACACAUAUAUGUGCCGUGCCUCACCCAAAGUGCCCCGCCAUACCCCAAGCGGUCAGCCAUAAAUGGAAAGCAGCAGUACCAGUGUUUAAAACUGCUUUGCGCUGACAACCCUGAUAUACUGCCAAAGGAGUAUUUACCGCCCGCAACUCCAAGAGAUCGAAAGCUUUACGAGGAAGUGAAAGAACAAUAUGAAAUCGAGCAAAAGGAGUUCAUUGCAUGGGCAAAAACAAUGUGGACCACCAGCCACUGCGUCCGCGCCUUGCACCCCAAGCCACACGUGGAGGCGGUGUACGAAGCCAGGUUCAAGAUGCGAGCCUUGGAGAUGAGCUCAUACCCCAAGACGUACGAGAUGGCCGCGCAGAUACCUCUGGAGAAGAACAACAGCAACGCCUGUGAAAUGGUUUUGGAUAAGGAAAUCAAAAAGGUGAACAUAAAAUCAUUGCCUAAAGUGGAUUGCAUGCAGAUCACAAAGAAGUGUUCCAUCAUAGGGCCCCACAAUGUUCCCGAGCCAUGCACAAAGCACCCCUGCAAGUUUAUAUUGCCUACCGAGAACUCAGUAUCGAUCCUGCCGCUGACCGAAGUUCAAAGGGAGCUAGCCCAGUUCGGUCUGGACAAUAACGCACACUACGUGGUGAGUGAGAACGCGCUGAAGUGCCUGGUGGAGUUCGACCGGCCGUGGGACAUCACCGUAGCUGUGACCGGCGUUAUUGGACCCGAUGGUGAAACAACUAAUGUAGUGGUUUUAGGAAGCGAGUUUGCAGUCCGAAAAGAGCCGGUACUCACGAGGACCUACCAGGCGUUCAGACAUCUGCUCCUACCCAGCCUUGUGCCAUCAUCAGAGAAAUCAAAAUUAAAUUACAAAAGUCCGAAUAACAAAAAAGCAAUCGAAGAGUCGGAUAAUGAGUCAAAUGUAUCCGAUGGCUACUGGGGGAUAGGACCUGACGAGGACGACGAUGAAGACGAUGACAAAUUGUGUAUAGACGAAGCGUUGCGGGAAUGGUUCGGCUCGGACGACGAUGAUGAAGCACAGAGUAAAAAAAAAAAACAAGACAAAAACAAUGAUGAUACGAUCGCCAAAGAUAAUAAGAGCAAUAACAAACCCCAAAAAAUAGAAGAUGAUAGCGGCUUCUACAAUUGCACUUGUAAAGAUACAAUAUUCGAGGAGCCUCCACCAAGGUCGUUCAACCGGUGGCUGGUGAGGGAUACGACCACCGGCGAGAACUACAACGUGAUUGUUCAUUGCGCUCAUAAAGUUCGGAAUGAUAGUGGCGAGGUGAUAUUGGAGCCGAUACCGGAGUACCAGCUCGAGCUGGGCGGCAGCGCACAGGCCCCGGGGAGAAUACGCAGUCUGGGCCUCUCGCUUCAUCUGAGGAAAAACGCCUCUUUGAUUAAUGUGCGAGUUGACGGCGACUCGGGCGAGGUGGCCACAUUUGAAGGCAUGGAUGGCGAGCGGUUCCGGCGAGAGCACGGCGACGUUAUGAGCGGGGUAGCCCAAACCCUGCACACAACCUUCAGCCAGCUGGCAGGGCUACGGCCUGGGAACUACAUCCUGCGACAUGCGCCAAGCCAUGGAAGCAACGCGAUGCUGUACGUAGCCAAGUCGUCAAGCACAGCUAGUUUGACCCUGGACUUCGACUGCUCGCGGCUAGAGGAGCCCGACGAGUCCAAGAGUCUCAAAACUGCUCCAACAUUGGUGCCAGUACUGCUGCCAUUCCAUAAGUUUCGUAAGAUCCUCCCCUGCGCCUUCACGCCGCACCAGAAAAUGGUGGCCCGAGAGCCGCGCCCCCCGCCGCAGAGGAAGAAGGCUCCGCCACCAGCCCUGCAGUUGGAUGCUGGCAAUGGAACGGGCGGCGCGCGAACCAAGGUUGGGAACCGCGGCAUACCGCGCUAUAGUACUAGUCUACAGAAUAAAGAGAAACAUUUCAGUGACGUAAAGUAUACGAAUACAUAUUUAGGGCUCCAACUUUAUCUAGAAACCUUUUUUUUCGUAUUACACGGUCGAAUCAACUGUGCAUAUGUACCCUUAGCAAACCACAGUUGCUUCAGAGUACCAAAACAGUGUGGCGUUGAAGUAAAAUGGACCUAAUGUCACUCUUUUUAAAGACACAAAUGCUGUACUAUGACCGGCGCCAUUAAAGAUUAUAAUGUGCGAUCUCAUUUCCUCAGCUCUUAAAAUUGGGAGUUAUGAUGACAGAUGGUAUAUUAAUUUUGGGUAAGAGAAUGCGUAGAUAAAAAUAAUCUUUAGUACACCAAAAAAUAAAAAGACCAGGUACCUAACGAAACUUAUAUAAUUAUAUAAACUAACAUAGUGUGGAAGUGCGGCCUUACAGUGAUAUAUCGGUAGUGAUCUCUUCCAGGCAACAACUAACGGUACGAAAAACAAACGUACGUACGUGGAUGUGCAUCCGUUACCAUUUCUCUUAAACCGACUGGACCGAUUUUGUUAUAUUCAUAUCUCUGAACAAACUAACCCGUAGUACAAAUUGUGGUCUUAACUCAACUUUUGAGAGAGAUUGGGGUGCCGUAGUCUAUCGUUUGUUUUACAUAAAUUUGUAUGCAUUCCGUCCUUGAAUUUCAAGGACGGAAUACAUACAUAUUUCGGGCAUAUUACACAUCCACUCCGGGCUUAUGCCAAAUAAAAAGGUAUUGGGUCUUCUGUCAUGAAUUUUGUAGUACCAUCAGAAUUAACGUUGUCCCAACUCGGGUAACACGUGAAGCCAUCGGUCCUGUUUAUUUAUAAGCAUGAUAUGAUAAUAUUCAUUUACAACUCUGGAUUUCCAAAUUGGAGUAGCGUGUUCAGUCUAAGUUCUGUUUCUCUCUCUUCUGAGAAAUAGGUUGUGAUGAUUAUGGGAACCGAAUUAGCUACACUUUGGAGUUAGUUCAAUUAUAACUCAUUCAUUAACCUCAUGGCUGAACCGAGGUAGUAAAAACAGUUGGAGCCCUAACUCAAAAUCACACUCUUUAAAUAUAUUAAAUUUGGACCGGGCAAUAUAUUUUGGAUGUCUUUCAAAAUACAACUUAACCGAUUGCCACGGUUACUGUACAACUGACAAUUGGGAAAAAGUCUAAAAUAAGUUGUUUUUAUUAUAUCAAAGUAGCUGUUCUUGUAAGUUUUAGCUACAUUGAAUCAUUAAAAUAUAUAGCUUAAAAUUCCUCGAUAACUGAAGUUAAUCUCACUUUUUAUACUUAAUUCUAAUAUAACAAAUGUGAAAGUGUGUUUCUCCUACUUUUUUUAUCGAGACAAUACAUAUGCACUUAAACUAAGACACGGGCAACUGUUAUAUACUUCUAUUUAAGGAACUUCUAAGAUUAUAUUUUACCAGUGAAUUUUCUUCUAGCCUGAACUAACCUAACAGCUUUAGACUUUUUCACGGUUGUAAUGUUGUAUGCAGUGAGAUGUAAUCACUUCUAGAGGUACGAUUCCCACGCGUAGAUCCAGGUUGGAUAAGCUGACCAACAUUAUAACUACAAAAAAUUUAAAACAUCCCGGGCUUCAGGAUGUUAUAUCGUCCAUGGAUAUUGAUAGUAUGUAGUGGUAUCAAGAGAAAUAAUCUGACACAAAUCACAAGAGUACUUGAAUCUGAUCACGACCUUCAAUAAUGAUGGAAACGACAUAGAAAAUUGAAAGAGAUAUUUUAUACCGAUAGUAGGACACCUUUUAGAAAUAACUAGUGUAGGUAUUUAUAAAUAAACUAGCGGACCCCAGCGCCAUCUGUCGGGCUGAUU